CGUCGUCCCUCUUCCAAGCGGUUUGAGGUGGACCAGCGGCGCAAUAAUCUGAGGCGUCCGCGCUAGAGGGAGCCCCGAGCUUGCCUGGGGAAAACCAGACACCAGAAGGAGCGACUUCAAAUCCCGCCGCCGGAGCUUAGCGGAACUCAUAUACGGCGGGGUUCCGAGCUUGGAUUGCCGCCGGCUCCUGUGUGGGGAAGCCGUACUUGCGCCUAGUCGCGGUCUCCGGGCCGGAGGCUCUGGUAGCGCUGCUAUGAGUCUCGCGGCCUGUGAGGGGGAAGCUUCCGCUUCCCUCAGCCUCGCCUCGUCGACGUCCUUGGACUCCUCGGCCGACGGCGGGGCGCUGGAGCUGCUCGAAGAGGACGGUGGAAACGGGGAGCCCCAGAGGAGGGCUCCGGAGGAGGACGAGGAGAGGAGCGAAGCUCGGCGGUUCGCCCGCUGCCUGGCCCCUGAGGCGGGAGAGGAGGUGAAAGAAGCAGAAGAAUGUAUAGAAGAAAUGUUAAUAAGAUUGGAUGAGUUCUGUGGUAUGACUGAUAUGAUUAGAAGCAAUACAUCCCAACUCUUGGAUGAGGCAAUUCCCCUAAUUAAAGCCAAGGUGGCAGAAAUGAACAACAUCUAUACCAAAGUGGAUAAAUUAGAGGCAUUUGUGAAAAUGGCUGGACACCAUGUUUCUUUCCUGGAAGAAGAAGUGCUCCAAGCAGAGAAGGCUCAUGCUAUCUUCCCCUACACUGUCCAGAAGCUGCUUGGAUCAGUAACUAUCCCUUCAUUUAAAAAAAAUCACGCAUCAGCUCCACAGCACACUUACAACCUGCCUGAACUCUACAGAACUGAAGAUUAUUUCCCUAUCGAAUAUAUAGGCAGCAAGUGUCAGAACCACUAUAUUUAAGUUGUUUUAUAGCAUUUUGGAGAAAUUAAUUUGAAGAUGUUUGAAACAGCUACAGUGGUAUAACAAAAUAGAUUGUAGACCAAAGAAAGGGAGAAUGGCAUGGUUUCUGCCUUUUAUCUCUGCCAUUGUGGAGAAACUAAUCCUGCGGUGCUGAGUUUUGCUAGAGUUCAACUAUUGAUGAGCUUUGCGCUAUCUGGGAUAAGCUUUGUAUACUCCUGUCGAUUUGCUUUUUGUUUCCAUUUGACACCUGAGACGUUUUUGUAAAGAGCAGAAAUAGCACAUUUAAGGUGUCAAAAUUGGAUGACUCUUAUUUACCUCAAGUACCACACAGAUUGCAGCUACUUAAGGUAUUUUCCUACUCUGAGCAUAACUUCUACAAUCCUUCAUUUAAACCAAGGCUGCUGCAGUGUAUCUGUUAUUUGAAAGGGAAAAAAACGUGAAUGAGCUUUUAUAUAUAUAUAUAUUUUAAGUUUGGGCCUCUUUGUUAGGCUACUUUUGAAAUGUACUUUGUGUAAUGUAACCUUAAUAGGCAACUUCUGGAAAAGGCUUUUGGUGUUUUAUUGAACCAGGGCAUCUUCUAAAUAAGCAAAUUAAAAAAGGUAAUAUACUAAAUAAAUCUAUCAUAUUCAGAA